GGCUGCGCUCGGUUCUCCCUCCACUAACUUGGAAUGCUUUCAGAACACGGCCAUCGCCGUUUCGCCCUGAAUCUCCGUUCUCCGGGAAAUACGGCUCUCCUAUGAGACCCUGAGCGGCGAACGCUGCUGCCUCCCAUCACACUUUAGCAGAGCAGAACGAUGACUGCGAGCCUGCAGGAGAAGAGACUGGGAGCCGAUACUCGAGCUCAGCUUGCGCGCAGACUGUACCUUGAUGUUUGGGAGUCCUGCAUAUGAAGGCUUUGCAAACUCUGGAGAGAAACGCCGUGCCGCCCCAGCACAGUAAUGAACAAAGAACCAUGUGAACACAGAAUGGGAUGACCAGCUUGAAGGUGCAGGCCUAAAAAUGCAGUGGACCCCAGAGCAUGCACAGUGGGCGGAACAGCACUUCGACAUCUCAUCCACCACCCGCUCCCCAGCACACAAGGCUGAGGCCUACGUAGGCCACCUGCAGCAGACCUACCACUACGCCUGGGCCAACGAUGACAUCUCUGCUCUGACUGCCUCCAACCUUCUAAAGAGGUAUGCUGAGAAGUACUCUGGCAUUUUGGAGGGCCACGGUGAACGGACGCCGCUAAGCUCCUAUGCAGAAACCGCACCGGCACUUCUGAACGGACGGAAGUGCGAAAGCGAGACUUGGCAGGAUCGUGUCUAUCCAAUGAGCUGCAUACCAGACGCAGUGUCUGUGAGCAAGUCUGGGGCAGCAGCUGCUCUAGCCACGGCAGAUGUCUCCACCAGUGUCGGCAGCUCUCCUGGGCUGGCUGGCACCAUGACGGAGCCCAGCUACUCCAGCACCAACUGUGGAAGUCAUGUGGUCGGUGGCCUUCACGCAGCACUGCCGACCCAGGAGUACUCGGCUGGUUACAGUGGCUCCUUCCUGCAUUCUAGUUACAGCGGGCAGCCAGCUCUUUCCUCGCCCCACCCUUCACCUCUGCACGGCUCUGGGCUCCUUCAGCCGCCGCCCCCACCCCCUCCACCGUCACUGGUUCCCAGUUAUGGCACCGGCUCUUCAAGUCUCCCCAGCUAUAAUUACCCCUCAGUAGAGUAUCCAGCACAGACUGCGGUUGCCUCGGGGUACAGUCACGGGGGUGCACCGCCUCCAUCUGUCUACCUACCGUCAGAUAUUGCCGCUCCGACUCCCUUGCCCCCCUCCUCUCUACCUGGCUAUUCCUACCAGCCCCACAACCUUCCACCAAUUGCGCCAACACCUCUGAACAGUAAUUCGGCCAGUUCUCUGAAAAGAAAGGCUUUCUAUAUAACAGGGCAGGGAGAAAUAAACUCGGGAUAUGGUAAUUUCAGCUAUAACCAGCAACGUUCCACAGAAAGUCCUAUAUAUUGUGUGCCAGAUAACAGCAUUCCAAAUACAGCCGGAGGGAAUGGAUUUGAUAGAAAUGCUGAGACCUCAUCUUUGGCAUUUAAGCCCACGAAGCAGCUGAUGCCCUCUGAUCAGAAAAGAAAAUUUAGCAGCCAGUCCAGCAGAGUUCCGACCCCUCCGUCCUACCCUGCAGCCAGAGGCUCUUUGGCAGGAUCACAGUCAGUAGAGCCUUUUGGAAAGUUUGCAUCCCCAGUCACGAGUGAGCAGAGUGAUGAGCACGGACAGCUCUCACGCUUGAUGCCAGGAUCAAGCGUUGGCACUGCGGCCUCAUCUACCCAUCCCGCAAGGGAGCAGUUUGAGGGCGUUGAACCACAUCUUGUAGAACUGAUUACCAGUGAGAUUAGCCGGCAGGAUACCCCUGUGGACUGGAGUGACAUUGCUGGACUGGAACUGGUCAAAGCUACAAUAAAAGAGGAGCUUCUGUGGCCCAUGCUGAGACCAGAUGUGUUUAGUGAACUUUCGGCCAUACCCCGGAGCAUUCUCCUGUUCGGACCUCAGGGAACAGGUAGGACGUUGUUGAGUCGCUGCAUAGCCAGCCAGCUGGGGGCUGCGUUCUUCCAGCUUAGCGGCUCUGCCCUGGUCACCAAAUGGUUGGACGAGGGUGAGAAGAUUGUUCGCGCCUCCUUCCUGGUGGCUCGGUGUCGCCAGCCGGCUGUGGUGUUCAUCAGCGAUGUUGAUCUUCUGCUGUCCGCCCAGCUCGGUGAAGAGAGCUCCGUGAACAGAGUCAGGAGAGAGCUUCUCAUGCAGCUAGACAAUGUCCUGGCCCCUUCUGAGGAGAACGUGGUGGUCAUAUGCUCCACCAGUAAGCCGGAGGAGAUUGACGAGUCCCUGAGAAGGUACUUCAUGAAACGUUUCCUCAUCCCUUUACCAGACAGCACAGCAAGGCAACAAAUAAUUAGCCAGCUGCUCUCUCAGCACAACUACUGCCUCAGUGAGAAAGAGGUGGCAUUGCUCGUCAUGCGGACAGAGGGCUUCUCGGGGCUGGACAUAGCCCAACUGUGCCAGGAGGCAGUAGUGGGCCUGCUCCAAGCCACUGGGGCCGAACUUUCCUCCAUCUUACCCAGUCAGUUGAGGCCGGUCACUUAUCAAGACUUCAAGAACGUGUUUUGCAAAAUUCAACCUAGCAAAACACAAAAAGAGCUAGAGACGUACACCGAGUGGAACAGGAUGUUUGGUUGUAGCCACUGAAACAACACAUUGGAGAAUUGAAAAAGUCAACAAACCUAUCUAUCUAAGACAGAGAGUUUUCUGUCUUUGGAAGGGAGUUGGGCAGAA